GACUUCAGAAGAGAAGGCUAACGAUGGAAAACACUGGGAAGGUGACCAGAAAGCUGUCCUCGAUGCCAGGCCCAGUUGAUGUCACAGGUAAAGUCUUCUAAACUUAAAGGAACAGGCUAAGUCUUCCCCAGAGAGGAGCGGCUGGAAGCACCAUGAUGGGCUCAGAAGCUCAUGACAAGAGGCGUCCGAUGUUGACCUCAUCAAACCAGGAUUUGUCACCUCACCUCGCGGACGUGGGGCAAAUAAAGCAUUACUUCUGUGGCUGCUGCGCCGCUUUCAACAACGUGGCCAUCACGUACCCCGUUCAGAAGAUCCUCUUCCGGCAGCAGCUGUACGGCAUCAAAACCCGGGACGCCAUCCUGCAGUUGAGGAAGGAUGGGUUCCACAACUUGUACCGGGGAAUCCUCCCCCCACUGAUGCAGAAGACGACCACGCUGGCGCUUAUGUUUGGUCUGUAUGAGGACCUGUCGCGCCUGCUCCGCAAGCACGUGAGCAACGCUCCUGAGUUUGCCACCCGAAGUGUGGCUGCGCUGCUUGCCGGGACAACAGAAGCCAUUCUCACUCCAUUGGAAAGGGUUCAGACUUUGCUUCAGGACCACAAGCAUCACGAUAAGUUCACAAACACUUACCAGGCCUUCCGGGCGCUCAGAUGCCAUGGGGUUGCAGAGUAUUACCGAGGCUUGGUGCCCAUCCUCUUCCGAAAUGGGUUCAGCAAUGUCCUGUUUUUUGGCCUUCGAGGGCCCAUUAAAGAGCAUCUGCCUACUGCCACUACAAAUAGUGAACAUCUGGUCAACGACUUCAUCUGUGGAGGUGUGCUCGGAGCCAUGCUGGGCUUCUUAAGCUUCCCCGUUAAUGUUGUAAAAGCUCGAAUACAGUCUCAGAUUGGUGGGCCGUUCCAGUCUCUCCCCAUGGUUUUCAAGAUAAUCUGGAUAGAACGGGACAGGAAACUGAUCAAUCUUUUCAGAGGUGCACAUCUGAAUUACCACCGCUCGCUCAUCUCCUGGGGAAUAAUCAAUGCAACUUAUGAGUUUUUGUUAAAGAUUGUGUGAUAACGUCACUACCUGAGAUGUCAUUCUCAACUGAGUAGACCUAAGGAAAAUGCAAUUUGGCUUUGUUCCUAAUUGGCUUAAAUAAGGUGGUGUCAUUAAGAUCGAGCCCUAAUUACAGACAAAUCCUUGACAAACAGUGCAGAUUUCAGUGGGCAGGGGUCAGGGUUAGGGUUUGGUCAUUUCUCCAGAGCCUCAGGCUGUUGCCUGGGAACCAGCCUGUACCUGAUGGCCUUUCAGGGCAGCUGUCACGGGGAUAGAUCUCAUCCUCCCGGAAGGGUUGCUAGGCCUUCUGUGUGGAAACUGUGGCGUCAGCAGCCAGAGCACAUGCUCCUGGCCCAGGGCUUCUCAGGCUCACUCUCACCUCAUGUAUUUUGUCUCUGCUCAUAGGAGAGUCAUCGUCAUUAAACCUGAGCUCUGCAUGGAGGACUGGAGCAGAGGUGGCGCUCAGUGUCAUGGCUGUGGCUCCAUGAUGAAUUGUUGGGGUUAGCUUUGAAAUGACGUGCUGUUAAGAUAGCCAUUCUCCAAACUAUUUCUGUUCAGUUUUGAUAGAAUUAAGCAGCUAGUGAAAGCUUCCAUUUUACUGUUUAGCUUUGAACAUUUUCUGUUUAAUUCUGAAUAUGACUUUAAGCCCUUCCAGAAUGUCCUUGUGCUGUUUUUACUGAAUUCAUUGCCAAAAGAUCGGGUGCCCUAGUUAACACAUUGUGUGCUUCACCGCUGUAAGUGUGCAAGCUCUACUGUUCUGCUUGACUUGUUUGUGCUACUGGUGUGGACACAGCCGACCAGUGGGGACACUGUCCCUUGUGAGUAGUAACUGUCAUGUCUGUCCUGUUCUCUGGUACUAGACUUUAAAAAAAUAAACACUUCCAUAUAGUUUUACUUUGGGAGUCUUAAUACAGUCCCAGGUCUUUUUUUCUGGUUUCUCAGUGUUGCAGAGUAAGGUAAGGAGCAGAGGCUGCUUCCCCUCCAUCCGGCCCCCUCUGUCUCUGAAAAGAAAGAUGUCAGGAUUCUGACACUCUGGAGCCCGGUUACCACUGUGCCACUUAAGAGUGUCUGCUCUAGGGGUUGGGGAUUUAGCUCAGUGGUAGAGCGCUUGCCUAGCAAGCACAAGGCCCUGGGUUCAGUCCCCAGCUC